AUGAUCAGGCCACCGAGCAGUGUUCGCGUCAGUCUCCUGUCAGGUACACAUGAUCGGGAAACCGAACAGUAUACGCGUGAGUCUCCUAUGUCACGUACCCAUAAUCAGGCCACCGAGCAGUGUACGCCUGAGUCUCUUACGUUACAUACACAUGAUCAGGCCACCGAGCAGUGUACGCUUGAGCGUCCUACGUCACGUACACAUGAUCAGGUCACCGAGCAGUGUACGCGUGAGUCUCCAAAGUCACAUACACAUGAUCAGGCCAACGAGCAGUGUACGCGUGAGUCUCCUAUGUCACGUACACAUAAUCAGGCCACCGAACAGUGUACGCGUGAGUGUCCUACGUCAUGUACACAUGAUCAGGCCAACGAGCAGUGUACGAGUGAGUCUCCUACGUCACGUACACAUGAUCAGGCCGCCAAGCAGUGUACGCUUGAGUCUCCUACGUCACGUACACAUGAUCAGGCCACCGAGCAGUGUACGCGUGAAUCUCCAAAGUCACAUACACAUGAUCAGGCCAACGAGCAGUGUACGCGUGAAUCUCCUAUGUCACGUACACAUGAUCAGGCCACCGAGCAGUGUACGCGUGAAUCUCCAAAGUCACAUACACAUGAUCAGGCCAACGAGCAGUGUACGUGUGAAUCUCCUAUGUCACGUACACAUGAUAAGGCUACCGAGCAGUGUACGCGUGAGUCUCCUACGUCAUGUACAUAUACACAUGAUCAGGCCACCGAGCAGUGUACGGGUGAGUCUCCUAUGUCACGUACACAUGAUCAGGCCACCGAGCAGUGUAUGCGUGAGUCUCCUACGUCAUGUACAUUUACACAUGAUCAGGCCACCGAGCAGUGUACCCGUGAGUCUCCUACGUCACGUACACAUAAUCAGGCCACCGAGCAGUGUACGCGUGAGUCUCCAAUGUCACAUACACAUGAUCAGGCCACCGAUCAGUGUACGCGUGAGUCUCCUACGUCACGUACACAUGAUCAUGCCAACGAGCGGUGUACGCGUGAGUCUCCUAUGUCACGUACACAUGAUCAGGCCACCGAUCAGUGUACGCGUGAGUCUCCUAUGUCACGUACACAUAAUCAGGCCACCGAGCAGUGUACGCCUGAGUCUCUUACGUAA